AUGUCUGGUGGUAAAGGUGGUAAAGCCGGUUCUUCUGAAAAAGCUUCUCAAUCAAGAUCAGCUAAAGCUGGUUUAACUUUCCCAGUUGGUAGAGUUCAUCGUUUGUUGAGAAAAGGUAACUAUGCUCAACGUGUUGGUUCAGGUGCUCCAGUUUAUUUAACUGCUGUUUUAGAAUAUUUAGCUGCUGAAAUUUUAGAAUUAGCUGGUAACGCUGCUAGAGAUAACAAAAAAACACGUAUCAUUCCAAGACAUUUACAAUUGGCCAUCAGAAAUGAUGAAGAAUUAAACAAAUUAUUGGGUCAUGUUACUAUUGCUCAAGGUGGUGUUUUACCAAACAUUCACCAAAACUUGUUGCCAAAAAAAUCAACCAAAGGUGCAAAAGCUUCUCAAGAAUUAUAA